UGCAGAAGGCACGCUUGCGAGCGAAGAAGGCGACGCUCAACUACCAUUCAUGGCGACAAAGGCCGCCAUUCUUUUGUCUCCACGCGCCUUUCUUUCCGGUCUCGUGCACUCCAGACAUUCCGGUGCGAGACGCCAAGACCAUCGUUUUUGUCUUCUCUUCCGACCGCCCUGCGUCUCACCGUUCUCCUGUGGGUCUCUUUCGGUUUCGCUUCUCCAGUUCAGUGACCAGCUGUACUACAAAGUCCAGUGGCGAGAUCCUGACGGCUUCGGGUUCGCUCUGGUUCGAGAGAAGUCGAUUCGACUUUGAGCGAUGUUGGGGCCUAUUGCGGUGGCAGUGGUGGUAGGUGUUCUCGGAUGGGUAUACCAGGCAUUGAAGCCCCCACCUCCAAAGAUAUGUGGCUCGAGAAAUGGUCCUCCAGUCACGUCCCCCAGGGUCAAACUCAGUGAUGGGAGGUAUUUAGCUUACAGGGAGAUCGGCGCUCCAAAGGAAGAGGCUAAGUACAAAGUUAUUGUAAUCCAUGGGUUCAACAGCUCCAAGGAUCUCAAUUUACCAAUUCCACAAGAACUUAUAGAGGAGCUAAAAAUAUACUUUCUCUUCUACGACAGAGCAGGUUAUGGGGAUAGUGAUCCAAAUCCAUCUCGCACUGUGAAAAAUGAGGCAUCAGAUAUUGAAGAAUUAGCUGACCGGUUACAGAUUGGGUCCAGAUUUUAUGUGAUUGGGGUCUCAAUGGGUGCCUACCCGGCUUGGGGUUGCCUCAGAUAUAUACCCCACCGGUUAUCGGGAAUUUCCCUUGUUGUCCCUUUUGUGCACUACUGGUGGCAUUCAUUUCCUUCCAGGCUAUUAAGGGAGGCCUUUGGAAAAUUGCAAGUAACCGAUCAAUGGACAUUUCGAGUCGCUCAUCAUGCCCCUUGGUUACUUUACUGGUGGAUGACCCAAAAAUGGUUUACCUCGCUAAGCAUCAUGGCUGGCAACAUGAAGAUUUUCAGCCCAGGAGAUAUGGAAAUUAUCAAGAGCUGUGGGGACAAAAUUAACCUUUGUCAGGAAAAGAUACAGCACCAAGGUGUUCAUGAAUCUCUACACCGGGAUUUAAUAGCAGGUUAUGCAAGCUGGGAAUUUGAUCCCCUGGAACUGGAAAACCCUUUUCCCGACAAUCAGGGCUCAGUCCACCUUUGGCAAGGGAUGGAAGACCGCAUAAUUCCAUGUGAGAUUAACCAGUACAUUGCACAGAAACUUCCAUGGAUUCGUUACCACGAGGUGCCCAACGGCGGACACUUGUGCAUCUUCGAGAGCGAUCUUUGUGUUGCUGUGAUAAGGGCACUUUUACUGGGAUAAGCUUUGCUUGUGCGGGGGAACCUACCCACCUCGCCUUGAACAAUUUCCAUGUAACAGGUGAGGCUCCUGGAGAUCAUUGGCUUGUGUAUGGACUGGUGCACCCUGCAUACGUGAGAGAAUUAGCUUCUCUAAUCAUUUUCCGGCAACAAGUGUGUCAGUGUCGCCUUGGACUUUAAGAUGAUUGAGAUCUCUAGUUGCUUGCUAUGCAUAUGCUUGAUGAUUGGUCUCUUCCUAAUUUGAUGCUUUCUUACUUGCUUUUCUUC